AUGUCUCUAGGAUUGCUAAAACAAUCUCACAUUCCAAUAAGGAGACUUUUCUCGACAAUUCCCGGCUAUAAUCUGAAAUGUGGACUGGAAAUACAUACCCAAUUGAAUACUGAAAACAAACUGUUCUCACGUUCAAGGAACGACCCUUUUCGAUAUGUUGACCAGCCAAACGUAAAUGCAAGCUAUUUCGAUGUAGCUUUGCCAGGAUCUAGACCAACUUUGAACUAUGAAGUCGUACUUUACGCUUUGAAAUUGGCUCUGGCAAUGAACUCUACGAUUAAUUUAAAUUCUCAAUUUGACAGAAAACACUAUUUCUAUGGUGACCUUCCACAAGGGUAUCAGAUAACACAACAUUAUCGCCCCAUAGCAACUGGCGGGCAAUUGACACUAUCUAAACCGUUUGAUGACAUCUCUUCUCCUAGCAAGGCUGUAAAUAUAAAACAGUUACAAAUCGAACAAGAUACAGGAAGGUCAGUCUAUCUGCAGGGCGAAGGACUCACUUUGAUUGACUUAAAUAGGGCUAAUGUCCCUUUGAUUGAAUUAGUAACAGAACCUGAUCUUACUAGUAUAAAAGAGGUACGUGCCUUUUUAAAGAAGUACCAAGAUAUAGUUCGUCAAUUAAAAAUAUCAACUGGUGAUUUAGAGACCGGCUCUGUAAGAGUGGAUGUAAACAUUAAUGUUAAUGAAUACCCUAGAGUUGAGUUAAAAAACCUCCCGAAUACUUCGUCGAUAAUAAACGCCAUAAAAUAUGAGUAUAAACGGCAAGUAAAUAUCAUACAGAGUGGAAAAGCUGAAAGUGAACUACGUGAAGUAGAAACAAGGAGAUGGGAUGGAGAAAAACAUUCAAGCUCAGAUCUAAAGAGUCCUCAUUUGAUUUACAGGUAUAUGCCAGAUCCAGAACUGCCAUAUAUCAACCUGGACAAGAGCAUAGUAGCAGAUGUUGCCAAGACCCUUCCAAAACUAUCUGACGAAGUGCUUGACAUGUUCAUGAAUGAGCCUUAUAACCUGUCACUAAAGGAUGCUAGAAUUUUAACUAUGAAUCACAACCUUAGUGUAUUCUAUACCAAUGAAGAAAUAAAAGACUUCUAUUUAUCGACAUUUCAAAUCUUUUCUGACACGAUUGAGGGAGAGAGCUCAAGUUCUAAAAUAGUUAUUAAUUGGGUUCUACAUGAAUUAUUGGGGACUCUAAAUAAACUAGGCGUUGCCUUAAAAGAAUCCAGAGAAAUUCUAAGUCCCCAGAAAUUUGCAGAAUUUCUUCUGCUAAUUUACAAUCGAAAAAUCUCUAAUUCAAAUGCCAAAUUACUACUCUUUCACCUGAUCGAAAAUAUAAAGGAUUACAAAGAAAAUUCAAACUUAAAUUUAGUGCAAUUGACUAGUGAUUUAGAGCUGGAUUCUAAUUCUUCGUUUAAUGACGCUCAACUACAAGAACAGUGUCGACUAAUCCUAAAAGAGUUGGACAAUUCUGAAUUAGUUGACAGUCUAGUGUCAGGGAAGAAAAAAAAUACCUUACAAUACUUGGUGGGACAAGGAAUGAGAAAAUUUCACGGUAAAGUAGAAGCCCAAGAACUUCAAAAAACAUUCAAAAACAUCCUCAACAUCAAGUGGUAA